CUCGGGGCAGUUGAAAUUAACGAGGCCGAGGACGGGCAAGCGGACAGCUGCGAGCGAGCGGGACGCGGACAGCCAGCGUACAGCCAGAGCCAGUGACGCGCGCCCCGGGAAGGAAGGAAGCGGGCAGGGCGACCGACGGCCUCGUCGGUGCCAAGGCCGGACAAGCGCAACAGGACAAGCCGCCUGCCUGCUGCGCCCACACCUAGCGAUACAGCCGGCGCGGCGAAGCAAAGCGAGGGAGGAGGGAGGAUCGGGAUGGUGGUCGCGAGGGCCAAGGCGAAGGCGCCGCCCGCGGCCGCGGACGCCGCCGGCGCGACGCCGCGGCGGGGCGGCGUCAGGGUAGGCCCCGCGAGGCUCGAGGGCCUCCCCGCGGCGUGGCCGGCCGGCGCCGCCGCCGUCAAGGUCAAGUGGCCCGCGCCCGGGGGCGCGCUCGCGCACAUGCUCACGGGGCGGUGGGCGCGCGGGGUCACCGCCGUCGAGCCCGUCGCCGCCGCCGGCACCGUGCGCUGGGAGCCCCGCGACGGCAACCGCUUCAGCCUCCACCUCGACCCCGCCGGCGGCCGCGCGGACCGCGGCGUCUUCUUCUCCGUCCUCUAUGGAUUCCAAGAACAUGGCCGGGGCAAGGACCUGGUGAGGCUGGAGGAGAUCGGGACAGCCAUGAUAAGCCUGGAGGAGUGCUGCUGGGAGAUGCAACUGCAGCAGCAGCGCCAGCAGCUGGUGGUUGUCCCCAUCAGGUUGAGGAAGGAUGGAUGGGCAAGUGAUGCCAUGCUUUAUGUGAACGUGGAGCUCGUGGAUGUGAACACACGCUCCGACGUGGAAAGGGCUGUCUCGUUCAGGGAGAAACCGAGAACGAGCAUGCCGCCGCCGCCGGCAAUGCGAGACCACCGCAAGAGCUUGGAGGCAGCGGCGUACCAUGACGUUCUUGAUCUGAAGCAGCUGCUUGACCUGGCUGAGAAGGAGGGCCGGGUGGCUGUGUUCGGGAGCAAGAGGAACUCUGAUACCAGCAGCGUGAGCAGCAUCAGUAGCAGCAGCAGCACGAUCAGCGUCAGCAGUGCCAGCACCAGCGGCGGCGCGAGCCCGGAGCCCGCCUCGAUGUCGAAGCGCCGGUUCCUGCCAUGGAUGCGGAGGAGCAGGGACUUUGACAAGAGGAGCUCCGAGUCGCUCUCCCAGGAACUGCCGAUGAAGUGCAUGGACGACGAUCCGCCCGGCAGCUGGGAGACGCGCGAGUUCACGAGCCGGGACGCGGAGACGAAGCUCCGGACGCCGGUGUUCUUCGCGUCCAUCGACCAGCGCGACGACAGCGCCGGCGGGGAGAGCGCGUGCACGGCGCUGGUUGCGGUGCUCGCCGCAGCGCUCCAUGCCAACCACCCGACGAUGCCCACGCGGCCGGAGCUUGACGCCCUGAUCCGGGAUGGCUCGUCGGAGUGGCGGAAGCUCUGCGACGACGAGGCCCACAUGGCGCAGUUCCCGAACCGGCACUUCGACCUGGAGACCGUCCUCGCCGCCCGGACGCGGCCCAUUGCCGUGCAGCACGACAAGGCCUUCGUCGGCUUCUUCCAGCCGGAGAGCUUCGCGUCACUGUUCGGCGCCAUGUCGUUUGACGACAUCUGGCGCGAGAUCAGCGGCGGCGGCGAGCGCGAGCCGGGGCUCGCGGACGUGUACAUCGUGAGCUGGAACGACCACUUCUUCGUGCUCAAGGUGGAGAGCGACUGCUACUACAUCAUUGACACGCUCGGCGAGCGGCUGCACGAGGGCUGCGACAGGGCCUACAUGCUGAGGUUCGACCGCACGUCGGAGAUGCUGUCGACGGCGCCAGCCGAGGACAAGGAGGAGGUGGUCGUCACCGGGAAGGAGUGCUGCAGGGAGUUCAUCAAGAGGUUCUUGGCCGCCAUCCCGCUCAGGGAGGAGCUAGAGAUCGAGAAGAAGGGCGCUGGCGGCGGCGCGCCACACCGGCGGCUGCAGAUCGAGUUCCACUUCACAGUCCUGCAGCACGACGAAAGAUAACCAGCAGGUGAUCUUAUAGCAGUGAUGGGAUGUACCUUCCUCCCUGAUUGCAUUGUACUAACAUAAUGUAAAUUCAUCUACACUGUAAAGAAACAGGAAAUUGCAGCACUACAAAUACAGGCUAGGAUUGUUGUUUCUCUUUGUACCAUUUAAGUUAGGAAACAGGCAGAGGAAAAAUACAAGGGACGAGUGCACGUUUGGCAACCUUCUUUCAGAAGGGUUUGGAUCCACUUCUGGAUACCUUUCACUUGUAUCAUAUCAUUUUUGUAAGCGAGCUCAGUAUUUCAUGAAAAUUACUUGCCUGCCAAGCAGUUGUUA